AUGGUAAAUGGAAAUAUGGCCGUUCCAGUUCAUUAUAUGGCUAUUAAACCCUCUCUGUGUGCUGUAUAUUCACAAAAUUGGCAAAUUCCUAACCCAGCAACGUCCAUAACUCAUAGGAAUUUCUUCCACAGGUCUGGCGUGUUUAUAUUUAGUUGUGCAGUUGUUGUUUGUGUUGUUUAAACCUCAAAUGACUGUUCGUGAUCUUUUAAUCUUCACAGCGGUCGUAGUCUCAACAAAGAUUGGAUACGAGGUAGAAUAAAACAUAUUCCACUCCAACAUUCUGGAGGACAAGCAAAUAACUCAAAGCAGGUUAGCAAAAUUAGCGCUGACUAACGAUUGUAUAUUUGUUCAGUUUUAAUCUCGUUGCCUCUACAAGAUGACGUAUUAUACUUUUGUAAUCCAGCUGCUGCUGGUAAUCCACUUUACCCCUUUUCCUCAACAAUUUUGUCAUUUUGUUCUCUCGCAGAAUGGUCGAGCAAGAAGUGCAACACCACUACGAAGUGCCUCGGCGAACAUGCUGUUUGAGUCUAGCGAUGAUGAAAUAAAUGGUAAGAAAAUUUCUUGUUAUAGUAGUUCAUGCCAGCUUUGACAAAAUGCCGGUAUUUUGACGGUAUUCAUGCCUUUUAUUGAAUAGAGUAGGCUUAAAUCAAAGCUGAGAGGAGCAUUAGAUGUAAUCUCCCAGUUUGUUUACCUGAUUUGAAAGUGAUCCAAAGGCAUGCAACAAUGAGAAGGUGGACGUGUAAAUUAUAGAUCCCAGUCUUCAACAAACAACAAAGCUGUAAUUCUUAUAUUCUGACAAGUUCAAGUUAUUUAUUGAUAUUUCUCAAACAAAGAAAACUCGUGGGUGUUAUAAUUUAUGCGUAUUGCGGAGUCUAAACUAUUUUUAAGCUAUAUUUCAAAGGAAAAAUUAGUUUAAUUUACUUAGCAUAAUAUUAAUUUAAUUUCUAAAUUAUGUUUCUGAUUGGCAAUGAUUCUGGAAUACAGGCAUGCUAUUUUCUUUGAUGUGGCAAAAAGCACUCUUGAGGUGAUUUUGAAGGUAUAUUAGAAAGAUCAGGGUAAUUAAAACAUUGGAAAGGUGUCAAACUUUGGUAGAGGUCUACACUCUUUCCACAAAUUAGAAUUCCCAGCAUCUCCCUUCUUUUCGAAAGAAAUUAUUAUCCCACCUUGUGAUAGUCUUUCGAAAAAUAACUUAUUCUUUAAAAGCUCACCUCAAUUCAAGGGUUAGUACCUCUUGCUUUCUCAGGGCUAGAAUCUUUGUUUCAUAAAAAAUUUCAUUCUCAAUGCUUUUGAGUAUGAUAUAUACAGUUGUCUGUAGACAACAAAGAAAUGUUUCGGCAUUACUUGUACAUGUGUGAAUUAGGAGCCAGAAUUCUUGGGAAAGUCACAUGUGACCCUUAAUGCAUUUGUAAUCUAUGUUUUUUUCUGUGCAUUUAAUGUAAGAUGUUUUGUGGAAUUUUCAGAUACUGUCAAGGAAUUCAAACUAACUUUGGUAAGAAAUUGAACUAAGUGCAAUUAACAGUUUCAUUUUAAUAGUGCUAAUAAUGUGCCAGUCAGGACAGAGUGUAGCCAAAGAAAUAGGCUCUCACUUAAGAUUGGAACCUUUAUGCUACUGUCAGUGUUCUCCCUUAUUUUAAGCAUGAAAGGUAAAAUAAAUUUUCAAACCGGUAAAGCAAUCCUUUUACCGUUGAAUUUUCAAGAAUUCCAAGCAAUUUUAAACAGUAACAAGAGGUACUACAGGUGGUAAAUGUACUGCCUGAAAAGGAGAACACUUUACUGUGGCACCAAAACUUAACAUAUCAGUUGAUUCAAAAUUAAAAUCUUUUCUUUAGGAAGAUAUAUAAACAAUAUCCUCUAUUUGGCACAAAAAUAUGCCCAGAUAUUUGUCCACAAACAUUUAUCUGUUCUAAGAUGCAAACAGCUUUAUGAGAGCAAAGCUUGAGGAAAAUUAUAAGCUUCAAGAGAUAGAUAAUGUCCAAGUACAAAUUUGUGAGCACAUUUUCACACAAAAUGGAGGCUUUUGUGUUUAUUCUUCUCCAAAUAUAUAUAUCAAUGCACAUGAAAAAUGUUUUCAAACAGCUUACUGUUCACUGCGUGGGAUGUUUUCUUUUCAGUGUUCUCUGGUUCCACUUUACAAACAAAAAAUGUUUCUUUUCUUCUGUAACAACCGCUAAACAAUUUCUCUUAUCUUGAACAUAAAUUUUUAAGUGAAGACUUAUUGUAGUGGACUUGAAUUUAAAAAUUGGGGAAUAUCAUUUGGGUGAUAUCCUCAGAUGUUUUUUGCUGGAGAAUAUACAGUCAUGUGAUGCCUCGAGACCAAUGGUGCAAGCAAAAACAUUUGAUGGAUCAUAAACUUAAAUAUUUUAGGAUUGUAGGUGCAUCACUGAAAAACCAUUCAUUACCCUUAAUCUUGUGACUAGCAUCUAAUUUCUCUUAACCAUAUCAACCCAUAUUGCAGAUGAAGGUCAUGAGAAUAAAGAAAAUGAUCACCAAAUUAAGGAGCUCUUGAUUGUUAAAUUCUCCUUGUUAGCACUUAAGCAAAAUUUAUACAGAACAUUAUGGAGAAUAUGCAUACUGAUGUUAGGGUAUGAAGGUUUAACUAAAUAAUUUCCAGUCAAUAUAAGCGGCAAUCCAGAGAGUUUAAGGGGGAAGCUGGCAGUUAACACCCCUUCAUUAACAGGGUGUUCAUUUGGCAUUGUGCAUUAGAGAAUUUGCUUGUUACUCUGUAGAUUUUUGCUGCUAAAUUUUGGAGGCCUGGGAUAUUUCUUAUAAAGUUGUGGAGAAUACCCUGCAACUAAAUUUUCCCAAUGAAAACCCUGCAGUAAUGCAUACUUGAUAUGUUUGGACCAUGCUAGAAAAAAUGGGCUGACUGGUAAACUCCACUGGAAAAAAAAAAGAUGAAAAAUGCAAGAAAACCUUUUCUUAGUCCAACUUGUGGAAUUGUUUGGCUUUUUUUUCUCUUAAAGUUCUCUGAGGGCAGAAGUUGUUUCAAAGUCCAUAAAUUUUAGGGCUAUUACAGAAAAGGCUGUCUUUAGUUCACAGCUACAAUAACUUAUUUCAUAUAAAUUGUGUGAACAUUUUAAAACUAUAGAAGAUGGUAAUAGACAUACAUAUGAAAAAGGAGGAAAUAAUGAAGAAAUUAGUAAGGGUGAAUAGGCUGCUUCUGGAUGAAAAUGCCACUUACAAAGGCUCAGAAGGGUUUGGAUCUGAUAUUUUGAGGGGUUUAUUGACAGAUUACUGCUCAGGCAAGUUAAAUAUCCUGUGGCCAAGGGCACCUUUUUCAGAUGCUAGCUGAGACAUAAAGCUGUGAAGGGCAGGGUGUGACAAAUGAGGCCCUGAAGGUUCCUCUCCUGGUACUACAGCACCUGUGAGAGUUACUAAAAGGCUUCAUAUUUCAACUGUAAAGAAAUGUCUUGGUUAACUUGAGAAAUGGGCAAAAUGUUAUUUUUGUAUUUUUAAGUUCAAAGUGAAGGCAAAUGUGGGGCAAAUUAAAAGGGCGUGCUUCAUGGAAUAGGAUUUUUUUUUUGUGCACCUCUCCCCUCCCCUUAGUGAGUCAAGUCUGUCUCUGCCUAAAUAUGCAAAAAAGUGAAUGCUGCUCUGCAUUCACAAUCUGAACCUUUCAAUUGAGAUUUCACUUUAAACCUCCACUCCUUCUCCUUCACUGUUUGGUCAUUAAAUAUAUUUUUUUUAUUUGCAAAGGUGUCAUUGUAGUCAAAAUUACAUUUUCUUCUGUAAUCUGGUGUCAAUAUUCAAAUUUCCAAAACAUUGUAAUCAUUAUCACAAUACAUCUUUAAGUGAACGUUAGAUAUCCAUUGUGCUAUGAACAGCUGAUGCUUACAAGUUUUUCAUAUUCAAAAUUUUUUUCCUUCCCCAAAGCAACUCUUCAAACGGCUCAAUCAGCAAGUUCGAGAAGUAAACCAGUGCAUGAAUCAGCAGAGAAUCUACAGCUUCAAGGUAUAGUUGUCUUUAAAGUUAAGGAUCCUUUUCUUGUCUACACUGUAUAUAUCAAUCUCAAAUAUAAGCAAUAAUAAUUUUUGUAUGGAAUAAAUACCUUAUACUUCAUUGUCGGUUUUUGCGGAAAAUUCGCUCGGAAGAUCACAUGCAGCAUAUUUUUUUAAACGAUGUGGUAUACUGUGAAUAGACGAGCUGAGGUUGUCAAUGGUUUGUCCUGCUGUGAGGUACGACACAUAGAAGAUACGUACAAUGUUCUGGCUGAUUUGCAAUUUAUCAUCCGUGUCAUCACGUUUUGACAUUCGAGUUUGGUAAAACACAACCAUACCAUAACAUGAUAUUUUCUCGUUGGAACUACGGUGUUGGAAAAAUUUCAAGUAGACUGAAUUCAAAAGAAAAUUGCUUUGAAUUAAAAGGAAAAAUUAAAUCUGCCUUUAUGAUACAAGAAAUGUUUAUUCAUACAACCUAUACGUAUAUACCAUAAGCCAUUGUAACCUCACUCCUAUUUAACCACCUGCAAGCGUUUUAUCAAAAGCUGCUACAUGGAAGGUUCAUUUGUUAUCUGAAUAUUAUUUUUAUUUUGAAAAUAAUCUAAAUUCUUUUUAUCCACCGUUAAUCUAGGAAUCUAGAUCUCAAAGCCUGAGAAAGCCAAGCAGUGAUAUACUGUUUAUUGGCAUGACUAUUUUCGUUAAAUAAAUGUUGUGAAUAUUGUUGUCGACAUUCGUUACCGGAAAAAUAUUAUUUCAGAACCGAUGAAAGCCACACAGUAAGACAUCACAAGUGUGAUCGGCCUAUCUGAAAUAAUGCAAAAUGAUUUUAGAUUUUACAAGUUACAGGAUGAAUUUUAAUUUCUCCACUGCUAGUAGCGAAAAAUCUUUUCCGUAGUAUGCAUUUAUUUUUGCUGGUAUUUUGAUUCAAGCCACCUUGGAUGUAAGCUUUGAUAAAGUAAUCUUCAAAAAUUUUCUCGUUCACAAUACGUCACUCAGAGUGUAAAAAGCGUAUUCAGUUUUACUUCGGGAGUCGUUAUGAAGAUUGCUAGCAGAUAGAAAAAUACAAGCCUUGUUUCUCCUAGAUAUUUGAUUGACGGCCUACGCUUUGGUGUUUACAGUUUGUUCAAUCUACUUUAAGGGUGCGCACUUACAGAAGAUUUUUGUUUGCAUCUACAAUAUUUUACAAUGCCGCUAUCUGUUGACAGCUAGUGGUUUUACACACGAACUGAGGUACACUUUCUCUUCUAAGAGAAUGGAAUUCAUGAUGCUUGUUCGCUUGUCUCCUCUGCCUUUUGAAAAUCGAAAAAUUUCUUAAGCUUGUUUAGCAAAACCAGCGAGCUAAUUCGAGUUUCUUGCAUGCAAAGAGGCUUUUCAGUUGCCAAAGAAACCUUUAGUCAGUAGCUAGCAUGUACGUGUGGCUUGAGUGACAAUUAAUGUGAAUUGUUUUGAACGUCAUACCUUAUGCAGAAUUCAAAUGUUUGAAUGAGAUGGCUUUUUUUGAUUUCGUUCCUCAGUACUAUCAAAUUAGUACCGGUAAGACCUCUUAAAUUCUUCUAUUUUUCCUUCAAUUACUGUUAUCAAUUUAUCAUUAGUACCUCGUGUUACUUGAAUUUUCAGCCUAAAUAUGUUUAUCUUUAUUUUGAAUCACAUGAUGCUUGCGCUCUUACUCAACGAACGUACUUCAACUCGAAGACUUUCUUUGAAACCUAAGGUUUUAAUAAGAAACGUCAUUACGGGUCGUCUCUUUUUCUUUUGGCUCCAUAAAAUGACUUGGACUGGAUGGCGUUUCUCGACAAUCUCAGGAGCAAUCACAGUUUUCGCUGAAAGUAUCGGCAAGUUUGUUGGUAUCACUUUGCUCCAUGGAUUUCAGUUAGUGAUUUGAACCUAGGAGCAACAUUUGAUCAUGUAGUUUGAACGUCCGGGUGAACUUAGUACGGUGAAGGACUGUUUUCGUAAGUGUUGAACGAUGUUUCGACAACCUUAGCGUAUCUAAUCAUCAGAGUCAAGGGAAGAGUUGUUUGCCAGUCGAGUGUUACAGGUCUGGUUCGUGUAAACUGAUUGGUCAGUUUUUCGUUAAGUUAUCAGUUUUAAGACUCAGGUAGCAUAAGAUGGUCGUGAUAAGUCAGUUUUGAUCCGUCGGUAAAAUUUGGUAGUGGUGGCACGAACGGUUCGGUUCGAUUUUUACGGGAAUAAGUCGUUUGUAUGGUGCCGAUAGUAGUCGACGUCUGUUGAGAGGAGUUAGUUAAUUUGGUAAACGCGCAUUCCAGAAUCAUUCAAUGAAAGUAGCUUAUGCUUUUGGUUAAAAUAUGCGCGACACACCCCAACAUUUAACCCUAGCGCGCUGCUUGGGUGCUAUUGACUGUUUUUGAAAGUUAAAUUGAAUGAAUUUUCGAAGAUUUACAAAACGUGUCCACGUCAUCCUCCACAGCACCACAUGAACAAUGAAGGUAUAGCAAGCCCUGCUCUUCGCCGUAGUCAGCUGGCAGCAGCCAUGAGUAAGAGAGAGAUCCCGGCCACGGAAGCUCCACAUGAACCGUGUAACGACUUGGGACCAACCUGUGCUAGCUACUUUACAAGACCCUGCAGUCGUCAUGAAAGGUAUACAAAAUUGGGCGAGGAAAUUACGAACCUCUCUUCUCGUGGCUUCAUGCUGCUUUGCACGUGUACUAGACUUAACGCUUUAACCUCGCCACAUCCGAUGAUAGAUAACCAUUUACAUCCUAACAUCAGUUUUUACAUUCUGCAUAAUUUCCUUUAUACAUUUCCUAUAGUGCUGACAAUCAAAAGCUUUUCUAGUUGGUGAUCAUUUCCUCUAUUUUCAUAACCUUAAUGUAUGGCUCGGGGUGAUGCAGUAAGGAGAAAUUACAUGCUACUCGCUCUUAGAGGUCAGAGGGUUAAGAACAAAUUGAAUUCUUAUUUUGCCAUUUCGGGAACUGAACUCAUUUUUGUUCUAUUUCAGGAGUACCAGCAGUCCAUCCCCUCCCCGCCCUUUAUCAUCAGUACCUCCUUCGCGUACUUCUUCCCCUUCUCCAACUUUACGUCCGUCUUCUCGCACUGGAACCAAACGCACAGGGAAGGGUCCAGAUCCUAAAAAACUCCAACAGCAGUUGGCUGAAGCUGAUGCCAAAGCAAAGGAAGAAUGGGAGGAAAAUGAUCCCCAGUUCGAAGAAUUGUUUGUGCCAGAGGAACUGUCCACCGAGCAAUUGGGCUUUAAAUUCCAUGACCCUUAUCCGGAAACGUGGGUCGAGGAGACUGCUGAAGACGCGUGCUUUCGAGGAUCAAAAAAGAAUGAUCUGUUUAUGCACAGAUUACAAGAGCUGGAAAAUCUGAGAGAGGAAACUGUUUUGUGGGAAAUAUACAAAGAAGAGAAAGCUGAAACUUCAAACUCGGCCAAAGGAUUCUCGAACCGAGUUGUAUUCGGUGGAAAGUUUAACUCAAGGACUCAGUCUGCUAAAGUCAGCGCACCGCAGUUGUACCGAGCGAAAUCUGCCGUCAACAGACUGAGACGAACAUCAUCGGUGGGAAAGAAUACUUCGUCCAAUAAUGGCAUUUCCGCUUCGGAUGAUGGAUCGGAUAGCGUACAAACUUUCCGUAAUAGUGGAUACCAGUUAGGUAUUACAUUUGUCCCUGGCUCACUUUAUCCCGAGGCAAGACCAGUGCCAAAAACUCGAACUCAUUCAUCCAGCUUGAAAACUAACAGUUACAACUCUAGAAAGUUCCCUAGACCGUCUGCAAACACGCACACGGUUGACAGCAAAAAACCGCCCGUAUUUAAAUCACCACCUUGCGAAGCGUGCCACCCGAAACCAGCGGGUAGGUCGACGUGCACCAGCCCGCGGGAUGUAGCAACCUCGUACCAUGCCCUUCGCAGUCAGUACGCGCUCAAGGCUUCGGAAUGUUACGACAUUGUAGAAUUAGCGAAGACGUUUGAACCGCCUUGCAAGGCUCAUUUUGUUAAAGCGAAAGCAAAAGCCAAGUUAAUUGACUCAGAUGUUGAUAAGGCGUUAAGUAAGGGUAUAUCCCCUGGUAAAAGUUACUUCUCACAAAGGAGAAUAUCUCUGACGCGAUUGACUCCUGAUGAAGGUAUGACAGUGAGAGGAGUCAGUCCACAGAACAUAGCACCAGGGUCUGGGGGCCGAUGUAAGUCCGCCAAAAAGGGGCCCAAAAGGAGGUCACAGGACUUAAAAGAGAAAUGCAACAGAAGUUAUAGAGCGCUUGGAAAUCAAACAGCGGAAUAAUGGAGUGUUCGUAAUGAAAUGUCGUUGUUUCUCUCACCAUAAUGUCACUUCUGAUGAGGAUUGAUACGUUUCGACUCUACCAUGAGAGUCUUGGCAUUCGAUAGGGUCGACUGUCUAUCGUCACCAUAAGGGUCUUAUGAAGCAUUAUUCUCGGCGUCAAUUACAGUUGAGCAUAAUAAUUCAAAUGAGUUGACGUGCCGUGUCAUCCAGUCGAUCUUGUCGCAUGGGGAAGCACAAUGAAACGCUGCGAUCCAUACUGGAAGUGAGUGCAUCGUGAGACAAACAACAGUACUUCGUUUCCAGUAAUUUUACGUAAUUACAACGGGAAAGCAGAACUUCGCCAGCUUUAAUUCGGUUGACUUGAACUUUCCGCUUACCAAUGUGAAAGGCAUCUUUUUUCAGACAAUUUUUCAGUCAUUUGUUCCAAGGUGACUCAGACUCCCGGUAUCUCGACUAACUUGUUUUCUUCUCCCUGAGCUGUUAGAAUAGGCCGGGUUCUCCUGUGUUGAAUCAUAUUAAAGAAAUUAUUGAUAAAACUGUUCAUGCAGUGAAGUGCAUAUCGCUGUCUUUGUCUCUCCCCAAAAUAAACAUCUGAAUCACGUCUGUACGACCCGCACAUGUAUCGUUUGUUUAAAGAAAGUACCUAUGAGAAUUAGUGUUUCACUUAAGAUUUGGCUUCAAAUUAUUCAAGUAGAAAAUAUUUUAUUGAUGUAUUAGCCUUGCGGAC